ACUAAAAAAUGUUGGUUAAAAGAAAUGCGGUAUUCAGUUACUGAUCGUUCAUCGGUAACUAAACAUCUAUGAGUAUUUCUGACUUAGAUUUUACUGACUAUAUAAGUGUUUCUGACUCUCAUAACUUCUAUUCUUGACUUCUGACUUAGAUUUACUAACUAGAAGUGUUUUUGAGUCCUGUAAUAACUUCUAUUCUUGACUUCUGAUUUAGAUUUACUAACUAGAAGUGUUUUUGAGUCCUGUAAUAACUUCUAUUCUUGACUUCUGACUUGGAUUUACCAUCUAGGAGCACAGGAAAAAGGAACUUUGUUCUUUCCUUGAUGUACAAGGAGUAACUUAUUUCUGACUUACAAUUUGCUAACUUAUAUCUGAAUAUUAUCGAAGAACAGCUUCUAUGGCUGUUCGAAUUAAUUUCGCCGUUUUAACGGCGGUGUUAGGUGUUCUGUUUUUUGUGAACUUUGGGGCAAAUGCUGAAGAAAAUCCCCUGAUUUCUGUGGAGAGUGGUACGGUCAAAGGAAGCAGUCAUCUGAAAACGGCCAAGGGACGCACGAUAUAUUCCUUCGAAGGAAUCCCCUAUGCUAGACCACCUGUUGGGAAGUACAGAUUCAGGGAACCUCAACCACCGAAACCAUGGAGAGGAAUCUGGGAUGGCAGAAAACAAGGAGAUGUAUGUCUGCAAUACGACCAUAUGGUUUAUCUGUCACCACUGUCCAUUGUGGGAGAUGAGGACUGCCUCUUCAUCAAUGUUUACACACCCAAGCUCCCUCAAGUGGUUGGGAAUAAAUUGUUGGAUGUGAUAGUGUACAUACACGGAGGUGGCUACACUUCGGGAUCAGGGAAUUUGUACGGACCGAAAUUCCUUCUGGAUCAAGACUUUGUUUUCGUUACAUUCAACUAUCGACUUGGGCCCUUAGGUUUUCUGAGUACCGAGGACCAAGUGGUACCUGGCAACAAUGGUCUGAAGGACCAACAGUUCGCUCUGGCCUGGGUGCAACGGAACAUCAAGUCUUUUGGGGGUAACCCGGCAAGUGUCACCAUUUCGGGAAUGUCGGCUGGAGGUGGGAGUGUACAGUAUCAUUACUUUUCCAAGAAAUCGGCAGGUCUGUUUCACCGCGGUAUCUCGAUGAGUGGAGCGACUCUGUGUCCAUUUCCCCAGGUGGAGAACUCCAGAGAAAAAGCCAACCGGAUUGGAGCUGAGUUGGGUUGUCCCACCCAGUCAUCUCAGGAGCUGAUCGACUGCUUGAGAUCCAGACCUGCUAGGAGGAUUGUCAGACUUAUCCAACCUCUCUUCAUGGUAUUUCCCACAGAUUUUGUAGCAGACGCCGAUAUCCUGAAAGAGCUGGACGAACGUUGGCUUGAGUUAGCCCCUCAUGUUCUCGAUUUCAACUUCACGAUUCCGCUGAAUCUGCAGAAAGAUGCAGCCAUCAAAAUCAAGAAAGAGUACUUGGGAGAUCAGCCUAUCUCCAGGCAAACCAACAGGCAGUUGACACAUAUGUUUGGAGAUCGUCUGUAUGUUGUUGAUGUGGAGAGAGCUGCAAGAUUGCAAGCCGCUGUUACAAAAUCGCCCGUCUAUUUCUACAGAUUUGCUUAUCGCGGCAAACAUAGCUACUCCGAAAUGAUGUCUGGUGGAUCUCUCGAAGACUUUGGUGUAAGCCAUGGCGAUGACACGAUGUAUGUACUGGAAACGUUCUAUGGCAAAGUUGAGGAGACAGAAUCUGACAAAGCCAUGACUCAGCGCAUGCUGGACUUUUGGACAAGUUUCGCCAAAACAGGAAAUCCUGAGUCGCCAGGAAUCACUUGGGAGGCAGUGGUACCAAACAAGGCUGAAAUAAACUAUUUGCAGAUCGAUGCGCCUGACAAAAUGUACAUGACAACUAGCGAGGAUAUUGGCCGAAGAAAAUUCUGGGAGACUCUGCCCUUCAAUGAGAAAUCCUACACAACUCUGCAGCCCAGAUACAAUAAAGAUGAGCUGUAGAUGAUUGUUUAAGUAAUGUGUGAAAUAUUCAAUGUAUGUUUUGAUGAAUUGUUUGUUGUUUGAAUUUUGUUUGUUUGAAUCAUUCUUUCUAUUCUUCUUGCAAUCCUACACGUAUGAGAAACAUUAACAUUAUGCUAGUAAUAAAGUUUGUGUAAGAAACGUU